AUGGACAUGGACAUGGGCGAAUAUGAUUUUGAUGGGGGUGCUGAUGACAUUUCUGGUGAUGACAAUUCUGUGGGAGAUGGUCAUGGUGAUAACAGUGACCAAUUGUUAACAAAGGAAAAUAAUGAUGGGAGAAAUGCUCAACAAUCAUCAAGCAAAUCGAUUGAUCAUGACAUGCCAGACUUGUCAACAAGUGGUGGAUGUGACAAUCCAAACAUUGAUCAGAAUCCCUUAAAAAGGAUGGUUGUUAAGGCGGUUCUAGAUGCCCUCAGAAUAAAGCACCAUAGUGGAGUAUCUGUAAAAACGUUUGAGGAUGUUUUGGAAUAUGGGAAAAAGCAGCUUUUCACAUCUCUACGUGAAGAUGUUGAUGUGGAAAUUUUAACUACUUUGUGGCCAAAGAGUUGGAAUGAUGUACAAUUGCUAUUAAAGGAAGAGGGAUUUGAAGAUGCUAAAGAGUUUUAUAUUUGUUUCUGUCGUGAUGAAAAAGAGCUAACCAGAGAUGGCAAAUCUACAAAGAAAUUUGUUUACAAUGGAAAGUACAGUGUCAUGGAGAACAAACAUGACAAUUGUUCUCAUUGCGGCUGUGCAGGCUACUUGAAGUAUUUGUACCUAGGUCUUGGAAGUAAAGUAAAGAAUUGGUUUAGAAAUAAAGUUAUGUGUAAAAAAAUGCUUCAUCAUUGGCUUGAAAGAGAACAUUGGAUGGGGAAUAGUGAAGGGUGGGAAAUAAAGAAAGAAAUGUGGGACGGUAAGAGAUGGGCCGAACUUCAGUGGUUUUGGAACCCAAACUGUGUUUGGGCUCUACCCACACGCUGCAUACACUGUGACAUUCCUAUAUCAGCAGAGCACUUGAUGAACUCACCAGCUCAUGAUUUGGAAAAUGACAUCAAGGUUGUUGAAUGCCCUAUUUGUUUUAAAAAUUUUGAACAUUCUAUUAAAUGGGCAAAUGGUUCUCCCUUGAACUUAGGACUGAUUGGACAUUUUGAUGGCUGGCAGCCAUUUGGCACAAGUUAUAGAGGAUCUGGUUCUUUAGAGGUUACUGUUGCCAAUAUGCGAAAGAGUGAAAGAAACCAUGUCAAUGAAGUGUAUGUUGUAGGGUUUGUGCCAUGCUCUGACAUUCCAAACAAUCUACCUUGUGGACUGGAUCCUUUCUUAGAUCCUUUGAUGAACGAUCUUUGUGAUGGAUUUAUUGAAGGUUUCCAAGUAUGCUUCCCAGCAGAAGUUGAAAUUGAACAGUACAAACCUUCUCCAGAAGAAACAGUCAGACUGUUAUUAGUGUGCUGGACUGCUGACCAUCCAGGUCAAUGCGAAGUGGGGAAGUUUUUGAACCAAGGCAAGUGUGCGUGUCGCCGUUGUAAGUUGGUGGGCCAGCACUUGGAGAAUAGUUCAAAUACACAUUAUUAUUAUGGAGAAAACCGUCUCCAUUGUAGGGAUCCCUGGGGUCAGAGGGAGAUUGAAUUAGAACUUGAAACUCUUUUUGACAUUGAGAAUGAAACAAGGUCAUCUGUCAGAAAAAGAAUGUCUUCAGAGAAAGGUUUCACUGGCAUAUCAAUUUUUCACAAGUAUCUUUACCCACUUUAUGGAUUUAACAUUUUGUAUCAUCUUGUCUAUGAUGUCUUCCAUACUGUUCCUCUUAACGUUGUCAAGAAUCAACUUGGCAGAACUUUAGAUCUAGGAAUGAUAAACAAAAUCAAUUUGGAUGAACAAAUUCAAAACUUUCCUUGGACACAUGAAUUUAAGGAUGGGAGACUACCAAGACAAAUUGGAAAGGAUUGUAAAGGUAUUGGCUACUGGAAGGCUGAAAGUUUUCAAAAAUUUGGUUUCCCUAUGGCAGAAUGCAUUUUGGAAAGUCAUAUUAGCAGUCCAAAGGAAUUUGAAAUUGUGUGUCUUGUGGCAAGAUUAACAGAGUUACACUUUCAUGAUGGAAGGAAUGGAUGGACACCUACAAUGAUUGAGUUGCAUCGAAAACUGGCCUGGCGAUUAAACAUACAAGUGGAAGAAGUGCAAGGCUUAGAAAUGUGUACAAUCUCAUUGCACAACUUACUACAUAUUCAUGAAGACAUUACAAAUUUCUCGGCUCCAGAUAAUGUCUGGUGUGCUGUCUUUGAAAGGGCCGUAAAAGAGUAUGUAAAGAAAUCAAACAAUGGAAAGUGUAUUGAAGUCACAUUUGCCCAUGUAGAGGCAAUAAGAGAAUACUUAAAGUCAGUUGAGGAGUGUGACCAAACUUUACCUAAUGGAAAGCAUGAUAUUUCCCUGGUAAGUACAAAAUUUUUAAUUCAGUAGUAAGUUGAUUUUGCACCAAUAAUGUUUUCUAAGGGAGAUGAGGGAAAUGGUUUCCUCCCAUUAUUGUCACUGGGGAAUGGCGUUCCUCCCAAUGAAACUUGGAAUGGCCUUCCCCUGACAGGACUGACUGGAGUGAACAACAUUUUUCUGGUAUGAUAUUAUCAUAGAUUAUAGUAGAAUUUAGUUAGUAUGAAUUGUUCAUAGAUCAUUGUCAUGGAGUUCAUAUGAUUCAAGGCUUAUUGCAUGUUGUCGAUUUCAGACUACUUUUCAACGAGCAGUUCGGAAGAUCGUUUCCAACUUGCCAAUUAUGUUUCCAAGUUCGGAAGUUGAGUGUGAACUUCGCAACAAAAUUCGCAAUUUAGUUCAUUGACUUCAAAUUGUUGUUGUUUGAAACUUUGGAAUGUUUAUUGAAAAGUUCCAAAGCUCGUUUCGAAGUUCGUUCCGAUUAAUUAUGAUGAUCGAGCUUUGUAAGUUGUGAUUGACGUCACUGAUCUGCGCUCGAUAUAAGCCAUUGUCUUGUUCACUGUUUUAAUAAUACUUAGGAUUAUCAUAAAUUCUGCUAAUUAAACUGAAUUUUGCUUUCGAUUAAUUUGAUUAGGGGAUUGCAAACUCCAAAGAAACCUGUCAGAUACUUUCUCAAAUAGAACCUCCUCCCAGAGAAGCCUUCCUCAUAGGUUCCAUGAAAAAUAUCAAGGCAUUGGAUCAGGUAAACUGUGACAUGAUAGCUGAACUCCUGUCUCUUCCUCCUUGGAAGGUUCCAGUAGCAGCAUAUGUUUGCAAGAGAUGUUUUAAGAAAAAUGUUGGAUUCAAUGGAACUGUUUUUGUUGCUGGUGAUACAGUAAUUGUUGCAGUUGAUGGACAAGAAAUUGUAAUUCAACUUCAAGAAUUUCUGUCUGUCAAUGGUGGUGAUAAUUUAUACAGUCUUUUAGCCCAAGGAAUUUGUUAUCCAAUUCAGCUAAAAGACAAUGGCAGUGCUGACACAAACUAUUGGAGUGGGUUUGUCAAGGUUAAAUGCCAGCCGCUUCACAAUUCCAUGAUUUUUAAUGUCAAGGAUAUUCGCAGGAAAGUAAUUCUUUACCCCUCAUGUCAUGACAAUCUGUUGACUGUAGUCGACUAUAUGCGACAUUUGAGGUGCUUUCCAUAUGAAUUAGUCAUACCUGUCUAUCCUAAAGUUGGUGACAUGGUACUCAUUCAAGGUGAAUCUAAUGAAGAUAUCUGGCAUGGUCACAUCCAAAGUGUUGAUCUUUUAGCCAAGAUGGUGGAUUUGUUUUUCUAUAUUCCCAGUUUCAGAAAUCAUCAAGAUGACAUUUAUGUUAGAGAGACUCGUGGUAGGGGUGCAAGAAACACUGUGCAUUGGCAAUCAAUAAUUGGUAUUGCCGAAGGGCAUUGGAAUAGCCCUUCUUCUACAUGGGUAAAGAAGGUAUAA